AUGGCCAUCGACAAGAGUGAACUUGACCAGUUCUACGACUACGCCAAAGCGGAGGAAGCGUCCUCCCUUGAAGAGGCGUUGUCGGAGCCUCCGAGACCGGAUGCUCGACUCGGGAGUGCUCGGGAGUUGCGGCUCCUUGCCGGUCGAUCUCAGCACCAACCCCGACUACAUGAACGGAUUCGGGGUCAGCGGAUCGGCGCUGCCGUGACCGCCGUCCUCAUCGACACCGGCCCAUUGGUGGCCCUGCUGAGCCACAAAGACGCCCAGCACGAACGGUGCAGCGACAUGGCCGCGACGCUGACAGCGCCGCCGAUCACGACCUGGCCGGUGCUCACCGAGGCGGCUUGGCUGCUGCGUCGUGACCAACGCGGGGUCGAGAAUCUGCUCCGGAUGGUCACGGGCGGGGACAUCCUCGUCGCUCAUCUCGACGCGACGGCGGCCGAGUGGCUCCACGCCUUCCUUCAGAACUACCGCGAUCUGCGGCCCCAGCUGGCCGACGCCAGUCUCGUUUACCUGGCGGAGACCUUGCGGAUCGACACG